AUGCCAAGCCUGGUUUUAAGAGGAAUAACGUGCAUUGAAUUUACUCGAAAUAUUUGUGCAUCAAUAUUAAAGAUGCAGGCUCUCAAAACUUUAGGAGCUACAGCUCCUUCUACGCUUUUAUCUGUUGUAAAAAAGGGAGCUAUAGUACCCGUCGUAGAACAAAUGCGUCAUACUCAUUUACCUGCUCCAAACCCUAUGGAAAGACGACCUUACUCUCCCUUCCAAGAUGCGACCAACAUGGCUGAGAUGGCAGUGGCAAGGCUCGAUGAUUUACUGAACUGGGGAAGGAAAGGCUCUAUUUGGCCUAUGACUUUUGGUUUGGCAUGUUGUGCGGUAGAGAUGAUGCACAUUGCUGCUCCUCGCUAUGACAUGGACAGAUAUGGUGUUGUUUUUCGUGCCUCGCCACGUCAGGCUGACGUUAUGAUCGUAGCUGGUACAUUGACUAAUAAAAUGGCACCAGCUUUAAGGAAAGUUUAUGACCAAAUGCCAGACCCAAGAUGGGUUAUUUCAAUGGGCAGCUGUGCAAAUGGUGGUGGAUACUAUCAUUACUCCUACUCAGUUGUAAGAGGUUGUGACCGUAUUGUCCCUGUGGAUAUUUAUGUGCCUGGAUGCCCACCAACAGCUGAAGCUUUGCUCUAUGGAGUACUUCAAUUGCAAAAGAAAGUUAAAAGGAUGAAAUCACUUCAAAUAUGGUACAGGAAGUAA